UCUAUGGUAGCGGGGGAGGAGCGCCCCCGCCCAGCGCUCUGGCGCGGCUGUGAGGAGGAAAUGGCGGCUCGGCUCGGCUGAGACCCGCGGCGCCGAGAUCCCCGCACCCCCUCCCCGCGGUGAGUGAGGGAGGGAAGGAGGGCGGCAGGAAGCCGGAGAACGCACCGGGACGGGAGGAGAAAGGGGAACGGGGCCCGCCGCUGCGGCGGGAGAGGUCGUGGCAAAGGGGCGGCCGCCUCCUCCGGCCUGGACGCCUUUGGGCUCGGACUAUAAAAUGGAGGCGGGCGGGUGGUGCGGGUCAGGGCGGCCCCAGGGACCCCGCGGCGGGCGGCGCGGGCUGUUUUCAGGGGGAUCGUCGGUGCGGCAGCAGGGCACGGGCACGCCGGAGGUCUGGCCCGGUUCCAGAGGAGGUCGGCGACUCAAUGCGGGGGCCCCGGAGGACGCUGAGAGCCGCCGCCCCGUAAGCUCAUAACGUGGUUGGGCCGGCGCGGAGAGGACGCCCUCCCCGGGCGGAGCGGGCUGGAAGGCGGGAUCCUCCAUGUUGUGGGGGGAAAAAAAGAGAGGAGAGAGGACGGGUGUGCUCUGAGGCGAUCGACGCCAUAACCAAGCUGACACCGGCAAGCUGCUCCGUAACGUCAGGACCGACUUUAACCGCCUUUCCCGUUCAGUUCCACCGUUGCCCUAGUACCGGACGAGGGGUGGUUGGGGCGGGGGGUAGCGCCCGCCGCCGGGGCGGUGCUCUUCGCCGUUGGGAACCCCCCUCCCCGAAACUCAGUGCUGGAGUUGGGGGCCCUCGGAGGGUGGGCUUAGAGCUCACCUGCCCUGAGGCGAUGGUUAUUAUCUGUAGGCGGUGGAGGUGAUCUCUUUAUUGGCCUAUCACUUAAAAAUUGCAUGAUGUGUGAUCAGUUGGAGAUUCUGAACAGGGAGAUUGAGAGGUUAUUGCAGAACAGCAGCGUGGAAGAAGACGCUUUAAACUCAGACUGUCUUCAGCCAUCAGUGACUGACUCCCUGGAUAUAAUCAUUGAUCCAGACAAUGGAGCAAAAUAUGUAUUAGAGCAGGAGACAGCAGGAAAAGGAGAAUUGAUAAGAUUUGGUCCUGCUGGCAGCUCAGAGACUCCGUCUGGCACCUCAGAAUCGGGAAAUCCAGCAUGUGCUGGAAGGAUAAUGCUGAAUGACUCUGAUCCUUUGCUGCCCUCCUCUGGCUCUCCUUUUCGUUCAGCUCUGCAGGGAGAAACCAUUCAAACCUCUAAUGCUGUGUCAGCGUUUCAGGGUGAGGACAGUGGUGACCAUACUAUGGAACAAGCUGUAAGUUCACAGCCAGUGUCAUUAGAAUCUGAAUCUAAUACUGACAACAUGGAAAAUAGUUCUCCUGCAUCAGUUGUGGAUGAGAAAGGUGAGCAAAGCAACGAGGAGGAGCAAAAAACUAUCAAGCCUACAAGUAAAGAGUUCAGGAAAACCUGGGGGUUUCGAAGGACCACGAUUGCUAAGCGAGAAGGUGUAGGAGAUACUGAUGUGGACUCCAGUGAGCAACAGCCCCAGCAGCAGCAAGGCUUAAACCUCAGGAGAAGUGGACGGCAGCCAAAGAGAACAGAAAGAGUGGAAGAAUUUCUUACCACAGUACGGCGCCGAGGAAGGAGGACUAUUCCUACUACUCUGGAAGAUUCAAGUGAAGCAGCAUCCUGUCCAGCUACAGAUGCUGAAACUGCUUCAGAAGAUAGUGUUGAGAGCACUCCAGAUACAAAACCUUUAACUCGGAGGAUUGGCCUUCGGAGCAGUAAGGAUCAGAAAGACUCUAAAACAAGACGUACAAAAGAAGAAGAAGAAGAGGAGGAGGAUGAGGAAGAAGAGGAAGAUGAUACUUCUGAUAGUGAUAGCGAUGGGUUAACACUAAAGGAACUGCAGAAUCGACUAAGAAAGAAACGUGUUGAACAGAAACCUGUGCAGCUGACAAUAAAGGAUAUACAGAAGCGCUUUGGGAAAAGAAAUACAGAACAAAAUCCUACAGAAACUGGUGAUGUCCAGCCUGAAAAAGAAGUUGAGCCUCAGUUGCCUGUCAAAGAAGAACCCGAGACUGUAGACAGCACUGAGAUUGCAAGUCAGGUGGUUGUGUCUGAAGAAGACACUGAAGAUCUUGAGGUUCAGAAGGAGGCAAAGCCUGCCCUUGCUGCAAAAGGGAACGCAGAUGAAGAACCCGAGGAACUGCCCAAAAGCAAACCUGAGUCUGAGAUUUAUGACCCAAAUGCACUGUAUUGUAUUUGUCGUCAGCCUCACAACAACAGGUUUAUGAUUUGUUGUGAUAGAUGUGAGGAAUGGUUUCAUGGUGACUGCGUGGGUAUUUCUGAGGCUCGAGGGCGGUUGUUGGAAAGGAAUGGUGAGGACUAUAUCUGUCCAAACUGCACCAUUCUCCAGGGACAGGAUGAGCCUGUUUCAGAAAUGGACCAGCAGGAAGCUAAUGCUGGCCAAGUAAAUGUGGAUGGCACAGAAUUCACAAGCAUAGGAACAAUUGAACAAAAAUCUGUUGAGGACCAAGGAAUCAAGGGUAGGAUUGAAAAAGCCGCAAAUCCAAGCGGGAAGAAAAAACUAAAGAUCUUUCAACCUGUAAUUGACGCUCCUGGUGCAUCCAAGUGCAUUGGUCCUGGCUGUUUUAAUUUGGCUCAGCCUGAUUCUGUGUACUGCAGCAAUGAUUGCAUUCUCAAACACGCUGCAGCCACCAUGAAGUUUUUAAGUUCUGGCAAAGAUGCCAAACCAAAACCGAAAGAGAAGAUCAAACCGAAACCUGACAAACCUGGCAUGCCAAAAUCUCAGCUGCAGGCAGGUAUUAAACCUCUUUCAAACCAAAAGAGACCAUUUCCUGAGAAGAGAGAGGUGAACACGAAGAAGACUGUUUUGACAACCGCCAAGACUGAGGCAAACACUCAACCUGUUGCUAAAGAGCCAGCAGUAGAAAACAGCACACCGUCCUGGGCAAGCGAUCAUAAUUACAAUGCUGUAAAGCCUGAAAGGACUGCUGCCAUUUCAUCUUCACUGUUGUUCAAAUCUCACAGGGAAGAGAAAAGGAAUGAAGAUCGGUCAGAGGCUCCACUGACAUCGAAGAAAGCUGUUGCAUCUAUAAUGGAGAAACAGACGUCUUCUCUCUCUAAAAGUCUUCCUUCAAAGAAGUCCUCAUCCUUCUCUAACACAUCACUAGCUAAACAACCACUUAAACCUUCUGCUGGAAGUUUCAAAGGUGUCAUUCCCAAGAAACCUUGGCUUUCAUCAGGCAGUGUUUCUCCAUCAGGCAGUGUUCCUUCAAAGCAUUCAUCUCUUUCUCAUGGCUCAUCAGUUUCCAAAAAACCAGCUACAUCUUCCAGUUUAGGUGGAGGACUCAAAAAGCCUUCACAGUCUUCCAUGUCUGCUGCAUCUGGAAGUAGUCAAGCAAAGGCAUCACCCAGCCCUAUCCAGUCACAACCCAACUCUCAGAUUCGACAAAAUAUUCGACGGUCCCUAAAAGAAAUUUUAUGGAAGAGAGUCAAUGAUAGUGAUGAUCUGGUCAUGACAGAGAGUGAAGUAGGGAAAGUAGCACUCAAUAUUGAAAAGGAGAUGUUUAACUUGUUCCAAGUUACGGACAACAGAUACAAGAGUAAAUACCGUAGCAUCAUGUUCAAUCUCAAGGACCCCAAAAACCAGGGACUCUUUCAUCGUGUCCUUCGUGAGGAAAUCUCACUGUCAAAACUAGUGAGAAUGAAACCAGAGGAACUUUUAUCUAAAGAACUGUCGAUGUGGAAAGAGAAACCAACUAAAACAACUACAGAGUCAAGAAGCAAAUCUCAUGAAGUGAAGAAAACAGCUGUAAAACGGGAACAUGUGCCAGCUGUAAAUAUGGAAGAUUCCCCACCAGUGUCUGAUUCUGAUGAGCAGCAAGAGUCAGCCCGAACUGCAUCAAAUUCAAACAGUGCUGCUUCUCUAGAUGUGUUUAGCAGUAUGUUGAAGGAUACAACAAGUCAACAUCGAGCCCAUCUUUUUGACCUGAACUGCAAAAUCUGUACAGGUCAGAUUUCAGCAUCUGAAGAUGAAGGGCCACCUAAGAAAAAGUCAAUGGCUUCUGUUAAAAAGGUGGAGUCGAAAUCAAAGCCAGAAGUUCAGCCAAAGUAUGAAAGUUCUGCACCAGCCUCAACAGCAGAGCCUGCCACAGAAGCCAUCUCUGAAAACACAAUGGAAACUGAAGAUGGACCAGUAGCAGAAACAGUUCCUCAGUCAAGCGCAGAAAGAACUUGCAUUCCUACAACCCAGGCCCCUACCAAUGCAGAUUCCUCUGUACCUGAAGAGGUCUCUGCUUUUCCUGUGACUUGUGCUGGUGUAGUUGUCACAACUGUAACAGUUUCGGGCAGAGACCCCAGGACAGCGAUGAGCAGCUCCUCUGGUAUUGUGACCCCAGCCCUGCGUUCUGGUCCUGCCUCUGAUAAAGUUUCAACAGCGGAAACAAAACAGGAAACUUCAAAACCAAUUAUGACCGUCCCCAAAUCAAUAUUGACAAAACCAUCGUCCUCACCAGAUCCAAGAUACUUAGCAGUUCAUCACUCACCCAAUGUCAAUGUUGCAGAGCCACGCUCACCUCAAGACAGCGACACUUCCCUCUUUCUCUCUCGUCUCAACACCAUUUGGAAAGGAUUUAUUAACAUGCAAAGUGUGGCCAAAUUUGUCACUAAAGCAUAUCCUGUCUCCGGGUGCUUUGAUUAUCUUAGUGAGGAUUUACCAGAUACAAUUCAUAUUGGUGGGAGGAUCUCACCGAAGACGGUCUGGGAUUAUGUUGGCAAACUCAAAUCUUCGCUGUCUAAGGAAUUGUGCUUGAUUCGUUUCCAUCCUGCAACAGAAGAAGAAGAAGUUGCCUAUAUCUCUCUCUACUCCUAUUUUAGCAGUCGUGGUCGUUUUGGUGUUGUAGCUAAUAACAACAGACAUAUCAAGGAUCUCUACCUGAUCCCCCUGAGUACUAAGGACCCAAUUCCUUCCAAACUGUUGCCCUUUGAGGGACCAGGUCUUGAGUCAUCUCGGCCAAAUUUAAUUCUUGGAUUGGUGAUCUGUCAGAAGGGGAAGCGUCCUGCCACUGGCAUGGAAGCAGAAAAGCCAGAGGAAAAGCGAAGCCGAGUUCAAGCACAUGAGGAAAGCGGAUCGCUAGCUGCAUCGCAGGAGAAGAAAACUCCAAAGUACACCCUUUAUUCAGGAGACCCAACCAUAAGUACAACACCACCUGGGUCACCUCCACCACCACCUCCACCUCCCGCUCCAGACACCUCAGCAGUCACACCCUCAGUGUUAAAGAUACUGUCCUCAAUCAAAAGUGGAACCACAACUACUGCAACAGCACCAACUUCAACUACUGCUUCUGCCAGCGCUGCUUCUUCAUCCACCCAUUCUUCAUCCACCAAAACCGCCACGCCGCUCGAGCACAUCCUGCAGACACUUUUUGGCAAAAAGAAAACUUUUGAGCCUGUUGCUAAGGAUCCUGAAACUGUCCAGUCCUCAAAUCAAGAAGGUCAGGCUGCUGCCGAUGGGGGAAUUUCAGCCGUUCCUUUGUUAGAUCCCAUUGUGCAGCAGUUUGGCCAGAUGUCAAAAGACAGAGCUAUAGAAGAGGAGGAGGAUGACAGACCAUAUGAUCCUGAAGAAGAAUAUGGUCCGGAGAAAGCUUUUGAAAUGCAGACUGGUGAAAGUGAAAAGCGAUUUAAUGUGGAAAAGCCAUCUAAUACAGCAGAACUAGAGGAUGAGGCCUACGAUCCAGAAGAUGAAACUAUCUUGGAAGAAGCAAAAGUGACUGUUGAUGAUUUACCUAACAAAAUGUACACAGACACUAAAAGCAAUUCUUCAGAAACAUCUGCUUCAUAUGUCCCUGACUUAUCUGCAUCCUCAUCCUUGGUAGAACAGCAAAAAAUGUUGGAGGAAUUGAACAAACAAAUAGAAGAGCAGAAAAGACAAUUAGAGGAGCAAGAAGAAGCCCUCAGGCAGCAAAGAGCAGCUGUUGGUGUUUCAAUGGCUCAUUUUUCAGUGUCUGAUGCUUUAAUGUCUCCACCACCAAAAUCUUCCCUACUAAAGCCUGAAUUAUUCCACCAGGACCAGCAAGGUACACAAAAAGUAGAUUUACCUUCCUCUUUAAAUCAGCAAGCACAGCUUGUAAACCAAGGCUGUGAUCCAAGGCAGAACAGAGAUCCUCGACAAGCUCGGAGAAUGGCAACAGAGACUAAUGACAAUGCUGAUGCUCGAUUAAAGCCCCAGGUGGUACAGAAUGAAAUGCCCACAAGAGAAAUUGCUCCAGCCAGUUUUCCAAAUGCUUUGCAGACGUCACUUGGUAAGGAGGAUAAAGCUGCUCAGCCUGGUUUUACUAGUGAGAAUUGGGUUUCAAGUGAAACCAUCAAGGCUUCUACAGUGCCCCAGAAAGAGUCAUCUAAUAGCAAAUUUGAGAACACUCUUCAAAUUACUUUGGAAAACGUGAGUCAAACGGCUUCUGGAGAACCUUCAUCCAAACCUUUACGUAAGGUGCUGCUUCCAACGCCUCCAAGUACAUCUUUCCAGCCUAAUUUCCCCACAUCAACCGACAGCCAGUCUUUGCAAGAUAUGCAUAAAGUGUCAUGGUCAAAUGAGUCAAAGGAAAUGAUAGGAAGAGAUUCUUUCUCAAAUCCAAUGUUUACUUCUCAGGAACAGGCAGCCGGUCACUUUGAACCAGACAGGGGUCUUUCAGCAGUGCACUAUGAUGAGCAAAGGAAUCCUCAGUCUCAUCAAUUUGUAGAACAAGCUGAAUCUCCAUCAGUUCAGAGUGAGGGUGGACCUUCCCAACAGCACUUUGAAGAAAACCGAGCUGGACCUCAGUUUGCUUUGUCUGGGCAGAAAGGAGGACCUCCACAACCACUCAUGCAACCCGGAGGACCUCAUGGACCUAAUUUUAGAGGACAGGCACCACAAUUCCCUGAAGAGCAUGGUUUUCCAAACAAUGAUGGGCAAAGAGGACCUCCAUCUGGAAGAUUUGGAGGUCAGAAGGGUCCCAUUCCUUCCUUAUUUUCUGCACAGCAUGGACCACCCUCUCUUUUUGGUGAUAACAGGGGCCCUGCCCCUUCUUAUCAUGGUGUUCCAAGAGGAAUGUCACCAUCUCAGUUUGAAGAUCACAGGGAACCUCACAUGGAACAAAGGGAAUUCUCAGAUUCCCAGUAUAAUGAAAUGAUUAGGCCUCCAGGGCAGUUUGAAGGACCAGAUCAACCUCAGUUUAUGGGAAAUAGAGGACCUUCACCUUUCCCUUUUGGAGGUCAAAGACGACCCCCACCAGCUCAGUUUAAAGGACAGAGAGGAGGCCCUCAGUUUGGAGGGCCAAGAGGUCCAGCCCCGAGUCAUUUUGGGGGACCAAGAGGGCCUCACCCAAAUCAAUUUGAAGGGCAGAGAGGACCAGCUCCAAAUCAUGUCCCUGGUCCAAGAGGACUUUUGCCACAGCCAUUUGAAGAACGGAGAGGGAAUUCACCACCCAGAUUUGCCAACCAGAGAGGUCCAGCGCCAGUUCAGUUUGGAGGACCAAGAGGAUCUGCACCUGCAAUGUUUCCAGAAGAAAAUGAACCUCCCUCUUCUAGGUUUCAUUUCCAGGGUCAAUCACAAGGCAUGAAGCCAACCCCAAGACCACUCCUGGACCUUCCAAGCCAUCCAUCCCAUAGAAAAGAGAUGUGGGAGGAAGCUGGACCAUCUGCACCAGGUUCCAAUAUUCCUGGACAAGGACCUGACUCGGAAGGACAGUGGUCAGCAUCUGACUUCCGAGAAGGCAAAAAUCCUGAAUUUAGAGGCCAGAUGUUUGAAGGGAGACAGAGAGACAGAUAUGAGGGAGGAAAUAAAGACAAGGGCUUAGAUCAGCCAGAGUCUCAGCAAGCAGAUAACCGACAAGGUAGACCCUUUGAGGAAAGACGAAGGGAUCGAGAACACAGCAGACCUUGGGAAAGAGACCGUGGCAGAAACUGGAAUAGAGACAGGGACUGGGAGAGACACAGAGACAAGGAUUGGGACAAAAAUAGAGAUAGAAACCCAAACAAAGAUAGAGAGAAGGAUUCGGACCGGAGUAAGGACUGGGAAAGAAGCAGAGACCGAGAUAGGACAAGAACCAGAGAGAGAGAAUCCUACAGAAGACGUGAUAGAGAUCGAUCGAGAAGCAGAGACAGAGAUCGUGACAGAGACAAAGACCGGGACCGGGAUCGGAGCAGGGAAAAAGACAGAGAUCGAGAAAGAGAUCGAGAUCGUGACAGAGACAGAGGAAAAGAUCGCAAAGAUCGGAGUAAGAGCAGGGAAACUGGUAAAGAGAUGAAGCCUGAAACACCGAAGGAGGCUCAGAAACCGUCAGAAACAGAAGCUUCGUCUUCCACUAAUCAAUCAUAGAAAUAUGAUUGUUAUUACCCAUAAAUAAUAGACUUUUAGAACACAGCAAGGACUGAAGCAACAUCUUGUACAUACUGUAUAUUCUCACCUUUACAGGAAUCCCUUUGUAAAACUAGCCUUACACAAUGUCCUGACAAAUUAGCAAUUUUUGAACAACUGUGAAUGCAACUACUCGAAUAGGUAAAAGGCAAGAACACACCGGACUGUCACUUGCUGCAUUUUGUGCAUAAUGUUUUUCUUAUCGGAAUUCACAGCGUUACCUGUACUGAAAUUUUGUUUUUUCUACUUGCAUCUUUAUCUUAAAAUUUCCAUUUACAAUACAGAAAUGGAAAAAGUCUAAGAAGAGCAUAUUGCUUUUUAAGAUUAUAAAGUUAUGUUUUCCAGUAACUUGAAUUGUAAUUUUAUAAGAGAAUUUAAUCCAGACCUUAGGAGCCAUACCUUUACAUCUCAUUUACGUGAUAUUUUGGUGUCAAAAGUUGAUCCUACAGCACACGCUUUAAUAAAAAGGAGUCCAACGUUGCUGUCUUGUUUAUUUGAUAACAGAAGGGUUGUGUCUAUUUAAGAAAAGGCUGCAGAAGAACAGUGUUAAUAAUUACUCAUGACUGAUGGGAGGAUUUGAAAAUGGAAUGUUAUAAGCUUAAAGUGCACUAUCUUCCUUUUUAUAUACAGGUAUUUUGUGGUUUGGAAUCCAUCUGUUAAGUGUACAGCAAAGAAACAAGUCGUCCUUGGGGGUUUUUCAUGAGGGUGAGGGGUUUUAAAUGUCCCAUUUUUACAGAUCUGUAAUUAACAUACAAGAGUAGCACCUUUACAACCAGCAAAACUUAGGAAAGUAUCAGACAUUUCUCUGAACGAGGCUAAGCCUCAAAUGAAUUGGCUUACCAAAGGGAAGUAGUUGGUUAAAUAGGCCACUAAAUCUGUUCCUUUGAUGGAACUGAUUUAGUGGAGCAUUUCCGUGGUUUGCUUUGAUUUUCUAGAACUUUCCCAUACAUGUAAGAAAUUCCCUGGGGUUUUUUUUUUGUUAGACCCUGCUUAGCCUGGUAGUGUAUAUAAACUUCUCCACUGAAAAAGGUAUAACUUCAUUGAGCUUGGAAAGAAGAGCGGUGGAACUUCGUGUUGGGAUUCAAGCGGGACUUUUUUCACUGUGAAAUCCAUCACGCGGCUACUUUAAAUGUGUUCUUCAAGUACAUCAUUCUGAAGUAUGAAAUAAACCCUCACUAAUUUAUUUGACCGUGUACAUGGACAGUUGGGUAAAUAUUUUGAUAUUUUUAUAAGAUAGUUUUGGAAAUGUAAAAUGAGAUUCCUUAUAAACAUUGACAUCUUGGAGACUACGAGUAGCGCGUAAGCCGUGUAUCACAGUUCACAUUGGUGCAUCUUUGAAGUCCUGCUACACUGAGCAUUUGCUGGUUGAAAUGAUCAUCCAUAUCCUGCACCUGUAGGCAAAACAUUUAAAUGCAGAGGUGGUAUGAAAUGCAAACAUCUACUGCGGUGUAAGAUUUCUUUUCUUAAUGAGAUGUUUCUAAUUUAAAGACAUACAUAAACGUAUGCAAGAGGUGUGUUUGGUUAGGUUUACUUGAUAGAAAUUUCUGUAAAUUGUAUUUUAUAUGGCAAGAUAUAUCACUGUACAUGAAAAUAUGGGACUUGGCAGGUUUUUGUUACUGUAAAGUAGAAUAAACAUCUACGGAGAACUGUUGUCCUCUUCUUAAAUCUC